GAUGUGCAGAUUUCCCUGACCGUGUGUUGACAGUCCUUCGUAUUAUUUUCUGUUUUCAGAUUACGCAAACCAUAUUUUUUAUCGACGGUAUUUAAUAACUACUGAUUGCCACUGGAUAACUCGGUCAUGGUUCGGUAACAUUAAAUUAUUUGUUGAAUUGUUUAGUGAGUGAAGUGAAAUGCACUUCUUAAGCAAAUCGUAUGUGAAAGUGACGUACUUGGAAUCGUUUAAUGUACAUUAGGUCCAAUUUAAACGCAUCCCACUACUGAGUAGAGCGAAUUUUGUACCUGUUACUGCUUGCAUCGAAACUUAAGCACAAUGAAUGAAUGAAGUCAGAAGCAACUGUCAUUAUUACCGAAGCAUAGUUUAGUGUAAAUCAGGGAACUUCUUUAAAACGUAGGAGUUCUGGAGACACAUACUUCAACGCUGUAUGUCGAUAACUUGACGGAACACCGUUUGUGGGAAUAGUCGCUGUGCUAACGCUGGUGAAGUGUAAUAGGCCGCCGCGGCUGCUCUCCUGACAUAGUCACAAAUAUUUCCACGACUACUACUCAACCGGACACAGUUUUGGCCUCUCACUCGUAGGCGGAAUGGGAAACACCGUAUCAUGUUGUGUCUCCCCGGAGUCGAGCCCGAAAUUGCCCUCCAGACAACCGGCGGAGCGGUUGGAGGAGUUCCAGACGAGCACGGAGGUGAGCGACGAUAACACCGCACCCUACUUGCAGCACAUCAGUGACAGAGAAGUUCCUGAUGAACUGGCUUUUGAAUCCAACCCAUCAGACCAUGCCAAAUCGAGUACUAUUUUCCUCAGCAAGUCCCAAACAGAUGUCCGUGACAAAAGGAAAAGCAACAACAUUAACCACAUCAGCCAUAUGUCUCCUGGGCCGCUGUCUAAGAAGUAUAGCUCCUGUUCGACCAUCUUUAUAGACGACAGCACCGUUAGUCAGCCAAACCUCAAAAGCACGAUUAAAUGUGUCACUUUAGCAAUAUACUACCACAUCAAAAACAGGGACUCGGAUCGGUCAAUGGAUAUCUUUGAUGAGAAGCUACACCCUUUAUCUAAGGAACCAGUGCCUGAGGACUACUCUUGGAUCGACCCAGAGCACAAGCUGAUAUUCCGCUUUGUCAGAACACUGUUCAGUGCUGCACAGCUGACUGCUGAAUGUGCCAUUGUCACUCUUGUGUACUUGGAGCGUCUUCUGACCUACGCUGAGUUGGACAUCUGCCCCACUAACUGGAAACGGAUUGUUUUGGGAGCCAUUCUGCUGGCCUCAAAAGUCUGGGAUGACCAGGCUGUUUGGAAUGUGGACUACUGCCAGAUACUGAAAGAUAUGACUGUGGAGGAUAUGAAUGAGAUGGAACGUCACUUCUUGGAGCUGCUGCAGUUCAACAUAAACGUGCCAGCCAGCGUUUAUGCCAAGUACUACUUUGACCUGCGGCAGCUGGCAGACGACAACAACCUCAGUUUCCCUCUUGAGCCUUUGAACAACCAGCGUGCACAGAAGCUGGAGGCCAUUUCCAGACUUUGUGAAGACAAGUACAAGGACUUGAGUCGAGCAGCCAUGAAGCGAUCUCUCAGUGCUGACAACCUGAUUUGCAUUCAGCGCUCGAAUGCCGUGCUCUCCUAGUCAGUGACUGUCACCACUACUUCAUCCAAGCUGCUGACAGCUCAGGACGAUUAUGCCCAUUUUUCGUUUUUUUACAGCCUCUCUUUUCUGCACUCUCAACCUUCAUCUUUCAAGAUCUUUAUCUAGAAGAUGACUGUUGUUAACGAGCAUCUUUAGGUGAAAUGUAGCAGAGAAUUAGUGAUCAAUGCAGCCUUCCAAUUUUUUUCUGAAUGCCAUUUGGAUUGGAUGUGAGACAGAAGAAAUAAAAUGACUAUGACCACCUCUCACUCUCAGAUUUCAUGACAUAGCACUACACCUUUGAGUUUUGGAGGGGAGAUGUAGAUUUAUUUUUUUUGUCUGUGUGGCUGCAGCCAAAAUCAUCGAAGUGUCACCACCUACUUGAUCCUCAGUGACGGAGAAUGACUGUCAGACAUCCCUAUUUGCUUACUAUGUAGGCGAUUAGUUGUGUCGUGUUCUGAUUUGAAACGUUUGCAGAUGGUGUAUUUUAAAUAAACAUUAAUC